UGGUCAAUCGUUUACCUGCGUUUACCGAAUGUCAACUUCCUUCGUUUCAAUUCUUUACAAUUGUUGAUGUUUUAGAUUUCUAAAAGCAUAGUAUGUUUCUAACAGUAUGGACACAUUAAUAAAACAAAUAAUCUCUGACCCAAGUGAUCAAUUUUCAAGCGAUAUCGAUACGUUUCAAAAUAAUUAUGGAACUAGAACUGCAUUUGAAGAAUUGAAUAAGGAACAGUUACGAGAAAAAUUAUGGAAUACAUUAUUUUCUUACUUGUCAGAUACUUCGCUUUCAUCUGUUCAUUAUAAAUGCUUAUCCACUUUGCGAAUACUUAGCCGAGAUAAAACAGACUUAAAUGACUUAAUCACAGAUGACAGAUUAUAUACUAUAUUAGAUAACGCAGCUUUAAAAAGUACAGAUAUAGAUCAAAUUUCUUAUAAUAAUGUUAACAUUGAGUCUCUUAAACUUCUAUGUAAUCUUAUAUUUAAUAGUACAAAAGUGCAACAGACAUUACCGAAUACACCCUGUUUGUCAUGUCUGAUUCAACGUUUGGCAAAGUAUAACAAUGACAUUCCUCAUGAAGUAUUGUUAUUUUAUAUAAGAAUCAUAUUUUUAAUCACUGCCCUCAACAUUUCCAUGAGACAAGUUGUGAAAGUAGAACUGAAUGGAGACGAGUGUCUUAUAAAUAUUUUGCAAAAUAUAAGUAUUCAAAGCGAACAGAAUCAAUCAAACAUAUUGAAGGAAGCUGAUGUAACAUUAGCAUGCGAAGUUUUAAAAGCUCUGUUCAAUUUGUACAUGCAAUCGAGUGAUACAACAGAAGAAAAAGAAAAGAAUGAAAACUUAGUGUCAAUUUUAUAUAAAUUACUGUUACUUAAAUACGAGAAAGAAGAUGAUCUUCAAAGUAACAUUGCAAACUUAUUAACAGUAAUACCAUAUAACUGUUAUUCACCGAUUAUACCUCCUCUGAAAGAAAAAGGAAAACAUGUGUUUCAAGAUACUGAUAUGAGUGCAAUAUCCGUUUUGUUAAAAUUCCUCGAUAGAAGAUUAAAUUGUAAAGACGAUUUGAUAGGAAAUCUUACCCCAAUCGUUACUGCUUUUAUUAGACUUAUUAAGACAGAGAGGCUAAUACGAAAAUAUACUAGAUUACAAAUUUUACCUCCUUUGAAAGAUGUAAUGCAUCGUCCAGAAGAAGGUACAACUUUAAGGGCGAAAUUGUGUAAAUUACUAACUUCUCCUUUAACAGAGUUACGCGAUGUAGUCGCGGAGUUCUUGUUUAUACUGUGUAAAGAAAAUGUUGCUCGUAUGGUAAAGUACACCGGAUAUGGAAAUGCCGCUGGUAUGUUUGCAAAUAAAGGAUUACUAGGUCCAAACAAAGGAAAGUCAGAUUAUUCUUCCGAAUCGGAAGAUAGCGAAACCGAGGAAUAUUUGAAACAUAAGGAACAAAUCAAUCCGGUAAUCGGUUGUUACGAGCACCCAAAACCAAAUCCUUUAGAAGGAAUGACAGAGGAACAAAAAGAGUACGAAGCUUUACAACUUGUAGGACUCGUUGAUAAAUUAACAAGAGAAGGACUAGUACAACCUUGUCGCAUUGGGGAUGAUGGAAAACCAAAAGCGAUUGAACAUGUUCUGGAAUUACAGGAAGAACUACCCAAACAGCAAUACGGUCGCCGAGAUUCUGAUUCGGAUUGAACAUUAAACAUGUGAAAAUAUUGUUUAUGCGUCGAGAACUGUAUGAAAAUAUCAGUAAUCUGAAAAUAAAAAUAGUAGUAUAUUUAUCCAAAA